AUGACACAUUAUAACAACAAGCUCAGGGGCCCCGAGCACAUCCAGCAGGAGGGAGGGCUUCAUUGGGUGGAAGUCAAAGUGGUGACUACAGAACACGCCAAGCACUUCUACAGUCCUGCAGACGUCCCAGUGAGAAUCUACAGCGACUCUGACGAAUGGGAGCUGUGGACGCGUCGCUCUGACCCAGUGCUGCACAUCGAGCUGAGGCGCUGGGCACACCUCUUCCUCAUCGCUCCCCUGGAUGCUAACACACUAGCAAAGAUGGCUAACGGGAUCUGUGACAAUCUGCUGAGGAGAGGGGGGGGGGGGAGUGGUUUGGUGGGGAGGGGGGGGGGAGUGGUUUGGUGGAGAGGGGGGGGGGGAGUGGUUUGGGGGAGAGGCGAGGGGAGGGGGGAGUGGGGUGGUUUGGGGAGAGGGGGGGGGGGGGAGUGGCUUGGGGGAGAGGAGAGGAGGGGGGAGUGGUUUGGGGGGAGAGGCGAGGGGGGGGGGGCGAGUGGUUGGGUGGGGGGGGGGGGAGGGGGGAGUGGUUUGGUGGAGAGGAGAGGGGGGGGGGGAGUGGUUUGGGGGGAGGGAGAGGAGGGGGGAGUGGUUUGGGGGAGAGGGGAGGGGGGGGGGGGAGUGGUUUGGUGGAGAGGGGAGGGGGGAGUGGCUUGGUGGAGAGGGGAGGGGGGAGUGGUUUGGUGGAGAGGCGAGGGGGGGGGGGAGUGGUUUGGUGGAGAGGGGGGGGGGGGGAGUGGCUUGGUGGAGAGGGGAGGGGAGGGGGGGAGUGGCUUGGGGGAGAGGGGGGGGGGAGUGGUUUGGGGGAGAGGCGAGGGGAGGGGGGAGUGGUUUGGUGGGGAGGGGGGAGGGGGGAGUGGUUUGGGGGAGAGGCGGGGGGAGGGGGGAGUGGUUUGGUGGGGGGGAGGGGGGGGGGAGGGGGCGGGGGGGGGGGGGGGGGGGGGGGGGGGGGGGGGGGGGGGGGGGGGGGGGGGGGGGGGGAGGGGGGGGGGGGGGGGGGGGGGGGGGGGGGGGGGGGGGGGGGGGGGGGGGAGGGGGGGGGGGGGGGGGGGGGGGGGGGGGGGGGGGGGGGGGGGGAGGGGGGGGGGGGGGGGGGGGGUGGGGGGAGGGGGGGGGGGGGGGAGGGGGGGGGGGGGGGGGGGGGGGGGGGAGGGGGGGGGGGGGGGGGGGGGGGGGGGGGGGGGGGGGGGAGGGGGGGGGGGGGGGGGGGGGGGGGGGGGGGGGGGGGGGGGGGGGGGGGGGGGGGGGGGGGGGGAGGUGGGGGGGGGGAGGGGGGGGGGGGGGGGGGGGGGGGGGAGGGGGGGGGGGGAGGGGGGGGGAGGGGGGGGGGGGGGGGGGGGGGGGGGGGGGGGGGGGGGGGUGGGGGGGGAGGGAGGGGAGGGGGGGAGUGGUUUGACCUGUGUGGUGAGAGCCUGGGACAUGACCCGCCCUCUGCUCUUCUGUCCGGCCAUGAACACGGCCAUGUGGAACCACCCCAUCACCGCGGAGCAGGUGUCCCGGCUCCAGGCGUUUGGAUACAGGGAGAUCCCCUGCGUCUCCAAGAAGCUGGUGUGCGGAGACGAAGGGAAAGGCGCCAUGGCCGAGGUGUCCGCCAUCGUCUCCGCGGUUCAGUUCUCGCUCGUGACAGAAAAGUCCAAUAUUGACUCGUGCCGCUCUGUGUUGGUGCCUCAGACCCAGCGCUGA